AUGGUCCGCAAUAUUAUUGUGCUUGGUGGUAACACCCACCCCGAGCUGGUCAACAGCGUCUGCAACAACCUGGGCCUGAACCCUUGCGAGCGCGUUCUCAGCAAGUUCUCGGUCGGCGAGAGUCGCUGUGAGAUCAAAGACUCCGUACGUGGCAAGGAUGUCUUUAUCAUCCAGACUGCUUCCGGCUCCGUCAACGACGGCUUCAUGGACCUGUGCAUUAUGAUCUCUGCCUGCAAGACCGGCUCUGCCAAGAGAGUCACUGCCGUCAUGCCUCUGUUCCCGUACUCGAGACAACCCGACGUCCCCUAUAAGAAGGCCGGCGCGCCCCUCUCGAAGUCAACAACCGAAGCCUCCAAGAACUACACCUUCGAGAGUGACUCUGUUUCCUCGCAGUUCAGCUACACCACCCACGACUACGAGAACCAGAACCAGAUCAACGGCUUCCAGUCCAAGCCCGGCUACAAGCAGUGGGUUGCUCAAGCUGGCACUCUGGUCGCAGACCUCUUGACCUGCGCUGGAGCGGACCAUGUGCUCCGCCCUGCCUGCAUUUCUCUAUUGCUUCUUGAAGAAGCAAUUGCUAAUGAUUGCAGGAUGGAUCUCCACGAUCCUCAAUACCAGGGCUUCUUCGACGUCCCCGUCGACAACUUGUACGGCAAGCCCCUCAUCAAGAGAUACAUCCAGCAGAACAUCCCCAACUACAAGGAUGCCGUUGUCAUCAGCCCCGACGCCGGUGGUGCCAAGCGCGCCACUGCCAUUGCCGAUGAGCUGGACAUGGCCUUUGCCCUGAUUCACAAGGAGCGACGCCCGACCAAGUACACCGAGCAGCGCAACGCCAGCAUGAUGCUGGUGGGCGAUGUCAAGGACAAGGUCUGUAUCCUCGUCGACGAUCUCAUCGACACCGGCAACACCAUCACCAGAGCUGCCAAGCUGCUCAAGAAGGAGGGUGCUACUCACAUCUAUGCCCUCUUGACCCACGGCAUUCUCAGCGGUGACGCCAUCCCGCGCAUCAACGCCUCGGCCAUCGACAAGAUGGUCGUCACCAACACGGUCCCUCAGCGAGACCACAUGCGGGUCUGCCCCAAGCUCGAGUACCUGGACGUCUCUCCCGUCUUCGCGGAGGCGAUUCGCCGUGUUCACCACGGCGAGUCCAUCAGCGUCCUUUUCCAGCACAACUAA